GUCGCCAUGUUUUGGAAGUUUGACUUGAACACAUCCUCCCAUCUGGAGACUUUGCUGGACAAGGAGGAUGUCACGCUCGGUGAGCUCCUGGAUGAGGAAGAUGUGCUGCAGGAGUGCAAGGCCCAAAACAGGAGACUGCUUCAGUUCUUGUGCCAGGAUCAGAGCAUGCAGGAGCUGGUUCGGCUGAUCACAACAGAGCCCCCUGCUGGUGCAGACGAGACUAAGCGCUUCAAGUAUUCAAAUACAGCCUGUGAGCUGCUAACAUGUGAUGUGGGAGCGAUCAAUGAUAAGCUGGGUAAUGAGGAGCCUCUGUUAGAAACACUGUAUGCUUUCCUGGAGCAGCCAUCCCCUCUAAACCCUCUGCUGGCAUCUUUCUUUAGCAAGACUAUUGGGAACCUCAUCACACGGAAGACUGAACAGGUAAUUAGUUUCUUGCGAAGGAAGGAGCAAUUCCUUUCUUUGGUAUUGAAGCACAUAGACACGUCAGCCAUGAUGGAUGUGCUUUUGCGCCUUAUUAGCUGUGUGGAGCCUCCGCCACUUCGACUUGAAACCCUUACUUGGCUGAACGAACAGAAACUGGCUCAGAGACUCAUAGAGCUCAUUCACCCCGAGAGAGACGAAGAGAGACAGUCAAAUGCAUCUCAGACUUUGUGCGACAUAAUUCGUCUUAGCAGAGACCAGGCCAGUCAGCUACAGGAGAUUUCACAGCCUGACCCUCUGCUGGCCGUGCUAGAAUCGCAGGAGUGUGUGGAGCAGCUGCUGCAGAACAUGUUUUUAGGAGAGAGGACUGAAAGCUGUAUCGUCAGCGGGAUUCAAGUUCUUCUGACCUUACUGGAAAUUCGGAGGCCUGUGGUGGAUGGUGUGAUGGAUGCUCAGGGGUUUGAGAGAAGUUACACUGUUAACAGCAGUAUUUUAUUGGCUAUUCAGCCACACUUGAUACACUUCCACCAGCUGCUUCUGGAACCACCCAAGCAAGAUCCCAUGCUGACUACUCUGGGUGUGCUGGAGGAGCCACUGGGGAACACACGUCUGCAUGUAGCCAGACUAGUGGCCUCUCUGCUUUAUACCAGCUCUGCUAGCCAUGCAGUCGUAGCACAAGAGCUCUGCAAACUCAACACAUUGGAUCUCCUUUUGAACUUGUUCUUCAAGUACACUUGGAACAACUUCCUACACCUUCAAGUGGAGCUUUGUGUGGCCGCCAUCGUCCGUCCCUGCGUCCAUGAAAUGAGGCUGCAGCCUGGUUUUGGUUCACAGGAAAAAUCCAAACCCCAAGACGCAGUACAAGAAGACAAUUCAAGUGAGGUCCCAACUUGUGAAUCAUCAGACCCCUCUGAAAACUCUGCACACAACUUAUUGGUGACUCAUUUAUUCCAACACUGCCACCUUGUUAAGAGGAUUCUGGAAGCUUGGGAAGGGAAUGAUAGAAUACAGUCAGAAGGAGGCAUGAGAAGAGGGUACAUGGGACAUCUGACCAGGAUCGCCAACACAGUGGUUCACAACCUGGAAAAGGGCCCAGUUCACAACCAAAUUAGUAGCCUCAUCAUAGAGCUGCCAGAGGACUACAGAGGGCGCUGGGAAACCUUUGUGGAGCAGACGCUGUCUGAGACUAAUAGGAAGAACACCAUAGACCUGGUUGGUACUGGAAAUCCUCGACCUUGCUCAGAAGAUGAUAUGGAGAGCCCCUUCCCUAAAGAACUGACAGUGCAACAGGCCUUUUCAGACUAUCAAAUCCAGCAGAUGACUGCGAACUUUGUGGAUCAGUUUGGCUUUAAUGAUGAGGAGUUUACUGAUCGCGAUGACAGCAUUGGUGCAACUUUCGACCGGAUCGCAGAGAUUAAUAUCAACAUAGAUGCUGGUCAAGACAAUGCUGGCACAGCUGUGUUUGAGGCCUGUUCCAAAGAGAGGAUUCAGCCUUUUGAUGAUGAUGAAGAGGACAUUUGGGAGGAGAAAGAAAUUAACUAUGCAACACAAACCAAGUCAAGGAACAGAUUUGGUGGCUUACAGUCCUCUCAAAGCCAAGCAGCCAGUAAGUCUUGUGAUGAGACUGCAGCUUCCAGUACCGACAAGCCCACAGAGUCGGACUCUGAGGAAGAGGACAAUAAAGAUGUGUUUGAUCCUUUUUCAAGUCAGGGGCAGACAGAAGCAACUGCAGGCACUGGAUGGGUAGCUGAUUUUGGUGAAGUCAAUUCUAAGGCUCCUGCUGCUGGAGAGGCCUUUGCUGCUUGGGAGAUGGCAGUUUCCCAACCAGCUUCAGGGGAGGCUGAGGAGAAAGGCUGGGCCAAGUUCACUGACUUUCAGCCUUUCUGUUGCUCUGAAACGGGCCCCAGAUGCAGCUCACCUGUGGAUUCGGAGCUUAGUGGAUCAGACACCACCAAACUAAACCCAAAUCCCUGCGUGUGGAGUGCAUGUGUGGCGAGAAAAGCUCCACUCGUGGCAUCGGACAGCUCGUCCUCCAGCGGCUCGGACAGCGAUGAAGAAGGAGGAAAGGCCGAGUCGACAUCCAGUGAGACGGUCACAACAGAGACGAUCACCACAGGUGCUGGCAAGGAGACGAUCCGGCUUACGGUGGACGCCAAAAAUGAGAGGGCGGUCUUCACAAGUGAAGCAGAUAAGGUGCCUGUAGAGGAACUGUCCAUCAAAGACAAAGAUGAAGAGAAAGAAAAGAAACAUGAAAAUGUUUCUAGCGCUGUUAUCGCCAGUUCAGCUAACCAGUCAUCUGCAGCCACACAAGAGAUGAAGUCCUCUGCCAACGGACCGGCCUAACGAAGC